GAUAUGAUAACCUAGCCUAUCAUUUCCAGGAAUUAAGAUUACUAGUACACCACCUCAUGAUCUGACCACAUUCAUACUAGCUAUAUAGUAUAGUCUUCAGUGAUUCCUGGAAUUGUGUACAGAAGCACAAUUUGCCCCACCUUUGUGGCCUUAUAUAGACUAUACAUAGUAGAUCUAGAUCUAUGUAGACCUACAUAGACAUGUAUAUAUAAACCAGUAACAACUUCUUAUUACAAGCAGAGAUUUCUCCGUAUAAUGGGUACUCCACUUAGUCGAUCACGAACAAAUGAGAGCAGUCAAGAUAUAAUCAAAAGUCUUCCAAUAAAUGCAGCAGCUAUUGAUUUUGGAACUACAUCUCUCUCACUUUCGUACUCAACCAAAGGAGAUGAUGAGUGGGCUACAUCUCUUGAUUUUGGUAAUGAUAAACGUAUUCCAAAUGCCAUUUUGCUUAAAAAGGGAGAUGAUGCGAAAUUUGAAGUCUUACAAAUAGGAAAGGAAGCAAGACAGGCUUUUAUGAAUGCCUCAUCAGAUGAAAGGGAAAGAUUAAUCUAUUUUGAACGAGUUAAAAUGUUAUUGAGGCGAGAUAUUAAGAGAGAAGCACAUGUGACAUCAUAUACAGGCGAGCACUUUUAUCUCAUUGAAGUGAUUGCAUUCAUAUUGAAGCACUUAGCAGAAACAUUAGAGAAAUCUCUCGAUAGAGGAAGUGUAAAACUUAAGAAGAAUGAUUUCGAUUGGGUCAUCACUGUACCAGCAAUAUGGGAUGUUCAAAGUAAAAGAAUGAUGAGAGAAGCUGCAUUCUUGAGUGGAAUUCUAACAGAUGGUGAAGGUAUAACAACAUUGACACAAAUUGGAUGUGGAGUUUCAUCACCCGAAGAAAUAAAUCCUGAAAAGCUACUUCUUGCUCUUGAGCCAGAAUGUGCUGCAAUAUACAGCCAAAUUGCAUGUAAGAAGGAAGCAGAGAAAUACAAGAAAGCUGCAAUAAGUAAAGAUGAGGUUGAAGAGGUAGUAGCAAAAUUAGGCAAGGGGUACAUGAUAAUUGAUGCUGGGGGUGGUACCGUAGAUAUAACAACUCAAGUUGAAGUAAGAGGAGGGGGUGUCGAAGUUGUCACAGUUCCCAUUGGAAACGCAUUGGGAGGAACACAAAUCAAUGAAAAAUUCUCUUCAAUAUUUCAAGAUAUCGUUGAUGAUAAAGGGUUCGAAAAGUUUAUAGCUAGUGGCGAUGGGAAAGAUAAAGCAGGUAGGAGUACUAAUGAUGAAGCAGAUAUUAUAAAAAAGAGGAUCCUCUGUGAAAAAUUCUUGUAUGAUGAGUUUGAAUCACAGAAAUUAGCUCUCGUAAAAUAUACAGAUGUCAUGUGUAUAGAUAUACCACAUAAAAUGAUAAAUUUUUAUGGAGAGCAAACAAUCAUAAAUGGAAUAAGUAGAAUGGAGCUUUACGAAUAUGAAGAUGACAAAAUUCGUAUCCCAUUAAAAGCUGCAGAAGAUACCAUUUUCCAUGACUCACUUAAAAGUUUAAUUAAAGAUAUGUUUGAGGCAUUAAAUUCACCACAGAUGAAGCAAAUCCACACAAUUUACCUAGUUGGAGGCUUUGGAAGUUCAAAGAUCGUUGAGAAACACGUCAAAAAAGAAUUAGUCAGAAAAUCCUUGAAAAUUGAAGUUAUUGUACCACCGCAUCCUACUAUUGCUAUAGCACAUGGGGCUGUAAUGCUCAGAAAAAAUCCAGCUUUUAUAAGAGCUCGACGAGCAGAUGCCAAUUAUGGAAUUGCUAUUAGGGAACCAUUUGAUGCAACGAAACAUAAUCCUGCCUACAAAAUAAAGCAUGCUUCUGAUGACCAGUUUUAUUGCGAAAACAUAUUUGACAUUUUCUUAAAGAAGGGGGAACUAGUCGACAGCAAGAAAAAGAUUACAACAUCUCUCCAUCCAUCAGAUGGGUCAGAAGAAGUUAUACUUGAAAUUUACUCAUCUGAGAAAAAUGACGUAAAAUAUGUCAAAACACUUGAUGGGAGACCAAUUGCCAAAUUAGUUGGCCGACUCAUCAUUGAAGCUCCAAAUCCAAAAAAACUACCUUGGCGUGAUCGCGAAAUUGAUGUCACAAUCGACUUUUCUGGAGCUGAAAUUCAAGCAACAGCCAUGUAUCGUCUCACAAAAAAGGAAGUCAAAACAGUUUGCGAUUUUCUUUAGCUUAACUCAUUAUUCUAGUGUAGUGUUAGAAACUUCAAAUUAACUUAACCACUAUGGCAUAAAUAGAAUGUAGACUAUACAUUAGUUUAAUUUAAAUGAACCUAUUAUAAUAUAACAAUUAUAAUACUAUCCAUCUAUCUAUAGUCUAGACAGUGGCCAUAAAUUUAAUUGUAUUUGUAUUCAUGUAACAAGACGUUUUCUAUUGAAUAAUGAUGAACAUAAAUUAUACUGUUUCUAGUUUCUCUGAGAAAUGUUAAUUUUUGUCAACAUAACAUGCCUUUUCUAUUUAUAAUUUAA